AGAUAUAUUAAAAAUAUCAACUAUAUAAAAAAUAUCAAAAUAUCAAAAUAUCAAAAUAUCAAAUAUAUUGGUUAUUUAUUUUUAUAAUUUCAAUAACGUCCAAAAAAUGUAAAUUUGAUAUAAUGUAAUGCAACUCUAAUAUACAUUUAACGCACUUUGAUAAGAUAUCCUCAUAUUAAAAGCUGAUUCAACGAAGUUUUUUCAUUUGUAGUCUUGUACUAUGCGUGUAAUGAGAAAAAAUAAUUAUUAGAAUCGAAUGGAAUGUUUGUAUUUGUGAAAAAAAUCUUGAAUAUCUAUUUUAUAUAAGAAGUUAUUAAUAUUCUUCAUUGAUAUUAAGCUUUAUAUCUUUUUAAUUACCAUUGCAAAAAUUACUAAUAAUCUUUUACAUUUUUACGUUAAUUGACUAUGUAUUGUACCUAAAGUGAUUUUUUAUUUAUAAAUUAGAUAACAUUUCAGUGUACAUAAAUAAUUUAUAAAGUUUGGAUUGUAGUAAUUGCCUUUUACAUUAUGUUUGAUAACAUAGACAAAAAUCUUUUUUUUAUUAAAGCACAUUAUUUUCUAUUUAAUGCUGCUACUGGACCAGUAGUACCAUUUUUACCAACAAUUGCUAAGCAAUUAGGUUUCUCUGGAACUUUGGUCGGUACAAUAUUUACAAUAUUACCCAUAUCUGGUUUGAUUGCAAAACCACUGUUUGGAGGUUUAGCUGAUAAAUUUAAUCUUUCUAAAACUUUUUUCUUAAUAUUUCAAGUAUUACUUACUAUAAGCCUUUUCUCAAUCCAUUUUAUACCUCAAUUUAGAACAAGUGCAAAUAUUACUCUUACUUGUGAUGGAGACUUAUUUUUAGAAGUAUGUUCAAAGAAAGGAUUUUCUGAUGAAGCAAUGCAAGGUGUAAUAACAACUGAAGAAACUACAGAUAAUCCUACAUGUCAGCUAUUUUGUAAAGCUUCUCAAAGAGCUUAUGAAGAACUGUGUCUAUGGAAUCCGUUAUACUGUACUAAGAAUAAUUCGAAUAUUUCUCUAAAUGAAACAUUCGAUUUUAUUGCAACAAUUAAUAUGUAUAAAGAUUUACCUGAGAAAAACUGUACAAACUUAAGAGUUUCUAAUGUAACUUUUUCGUAUGGAAAUAUACAUCGACCUGCUUGCAAGAAAUUAUUAAAAACUUCAUGUAUUGCCUCUUGUCAACAUCCAGCCUUAAAUGAAUUAUUACAUGAAUCUGAUAACUAUGAUAUAUCUCCAACAGAUUUUACAUAUCAAUUUCAUUUUUUUUUAUGGACGACUAUAGUGAGCUGGAUUUGCAUGGCUGUUGUGGUUAGCAUAGCAGAUUCUAUUUGUUUCAAUUUACUUGGAAAUGAGAGGAGAAAAGAUUAUGGUAAACAGAAGAUGUGGGGAAGCAUAGGAUUUGGAAUUUUUGGUAUAAGUGCAGGAUACUUGGUAGAUAUUUUUAGUGAAGGACAAUUUCAAAAGGACUAUACAUGUAUAUUUUUUAUGAUGUUGGUCUUUAUGAUUCUUGACAUUAUAAUGUCAGCCAGAUUGAAGAAGAAAAAUCCUGAAUGUUCUGAAGAACCAUCAAUGCUGAGGGAGUUGUUAACCGUCACUAAAGAGCCUAACAUAUGGAUAUUUGGAUGGUGGUGCAUAGGUGCUGGAAUGUGUACAGGAGUAAUAUGGAACUUCUUGCUUUGGCAUACAGAAAAUGUAGCUACAUUCACACAAACAAAAUGGAUUAAAACUCUGCAAGGUCUGUUGAUUGGCACACAAUGUUUCUUAGCAGAGAUGCCUUUUAAUUUUUUGUCAGGAAGUAUUUUGAAAAAAUUUGGUCAUAUAAAUAUUAUGAGUCUUGUAUUACUCAUUUAUUCAAUAAGGUUUAUGACAUAUAGUUUAAUAUCAAAUCCAUGGCUAUUUUUACCAUUGGAAAUAUUGCAUGGUCCAUCAUAUGGUCUUUGUUGGCCAACAAUGGUAUCUUAUGGUGACAAAGUAACUCCUCCAGGUACUCAAUCUACUAUACAAGGCUUCAUAGGUUCUAUUUUUGAAGGAAUUGGUGUGUCAAGUGGUACUUUAUUAUGUGGAUGGAUAAUGGAUGUAUAUGGAGGUGUUGAAGCAUUUAGAAUUUUUUCAGUUGGUGCUCUUAUAUGGCUAAGUAUUUUCUGGUUCAUGCAAUUAUUAUUACGCAAAAUAUAUUCUACACAAGGUCAUAAUCGUGAAUUUAGCUAGUUAUGCCAAUCCAGAUGAUGCAAUUCUAAUGACUAUAAGUCAAGAAUUACAAACCUAUUAAUAGAAGCAAAGAUUAAUAAAAAUACAAUCUAAUCAUACUUAUUUUUCUAUUGUAAUUAUAAAAGAAAACAAAAAAGAUAAUUAAUUUGACAGAAUAUAAGGUUUCGUGUCAAGUUGAUCUUGAUUGGUUUUAACAUAUGUACUUAAACAUAUUAAAAAUAUGUAUUAACAUCCGUGAUGUUAAUAAAUAUACAAUUCAAUGUUUUUAUUUGAUUUUGCAAUGGGAUAUACUUACAUUAUUGAAAAAUCUAUAAGUACCAACAUUAUAGUACAAUUAAUUACAAUAUAUGUUUUAAGAUGUGUGUAAAUGUUAUUAUAUAAUAAAAAGGGUCAUGUUACGAUAAUUGGAAUAAUUUACCUAAUUUGUUUUUUAUAUUCUUACUUUCAAUAGCUUUGAAGUAGUAAUAUAACUUAGUGAAACAAAGUUUUAAUAAUUACUAAUAGACAAAAAUGGAUGCAAAAUUAAACAAUAAAGUUGCAAAAAGUUUUAAUUGUUGAACAAAAUUAGAUAUUGUUUUAAAUAUGUUUAAUGCAUUUUUUGAUACUUAUAUUUAAUAAAUAAUUAGCGAACCAUUUCUCGUUUUUAUAAAUGUAUGUAUCUCUGUUCAUCGAUGUUGCGAAAAAAUAAUUCUUCUAUAAAUAAUGAGAGGAUCGUAAGUUAAAAGUAAUGUUAUGAAGUUUUCAUAAAAUAUUUGAACCUUUUAUUCUUGCUUCGUUUGUGAACAGUAAAGGUUGACCAUUAUUAAUAACUCGAUUAAGUAACAUGUCUCUUCACUUGUAAAUGGCAAUCGCGUAAUAACAAGAUUUUGUAAAUUACAACUAAUCUAGUAAUAAAAAGCUACAAAUAA